AUGGUUUCUGGUGUCAAAGUGUCAGAUGAAUGUAUCUACGAGUUUAACAAAUUGAAAGUAAAGCACCUGCACAAAUAUAUAAUUUUUCGAAUAGAAAAUUGCGAGAAAAUCAUUGUAGAUUUAUUGCAGAAGGAUUCAGAAUUGAAAUAUUUUGAAGACAUUAUAAUCGAUAUAAGAAACAAUUUAAAAACAACAGAAUGUAGAUAUAUCAUAGCGGAUAUGCCUAUCUACACCCCUGAAGGUGUUUUGAGAAACAGAAUUUAUUUCAUCUUCUGGUCACCUGAUUCUGCAAAACCGAAAGAAAAAAUGCUAUAUGCAGCAUCCAAAGAAUCUCUUGUUCGAAAAAUUAAUGGAAUAUUUAAAAGUCUCGAACUAACAUGUGAAAUAGAAGAAUUCGAAGAGGAAUUAAAAGCUAUCAUUUUAAAUACUUAA